AGCUUUCCACAUAGACGCAUUUUGGGCUCGUCGCGCAUUCCUUUCCCACAUGGGAAAGGAAAGAUUGCAUGACAAGCCCAGGUAAAGUUUGUGAUAUUCCGGUCGUCAAGCAGUGCUUCUCCCCAUCAGGUGGAAGAUAGCUGUUAUGGGUGGCGGGUGGCAGUUGUGUAGUUAACUCUAGCUGGUGGUCAGAGUGUAAAGCUCCCCAUCAGGUGGCAUUAAUUUAAAAACGAAAAGAGAUUGACUGGUUUUCUUUUAAUGGUAUAAUAAUGCCUGUAUGGAUCUUAGUUCAAGUCUACCAAGGAUUCGCGAAUUUAACCGGAAACGUACGAGGAUCCUUCGUCCGAAUCCCAUUAAAUGGUAUUGGAUUUCAUAGAGCAAUCAUAAGAAAUGGAAAUUAACGCCUACGUUUGCAGCCCAAGCAGUCGAGAGGAUCGUACUUUUUUGUUUUGUUUUGUUUUGUUUUGUUUUGUUUUUUUGUGGAUUUGAUUCGUGGUGAAAAGCUCUCGUUCAUGAAACAAAACAGGUUUCUUAGAAUUUCGAUGUAUGGUAUUAGACGUCAUAUGUUCUUGGUAGCUUUUAACACCAUAUAAAGAAAACUGCAAUUUGAUCAGAAGAGAUGUCAUACUUGUCUAGUAGUAUUUUACUGUAAAAUAAACCCAAGAUCCUAGCUCCACCGUUAAGUAUUCUCUGCAUCUGUUGUCAAAGAGAAAAGCUUUGUCCGGGGAUAAAAUUUUGCAGGGUAUUUAUUGGCUUUGUAUUUUUUUUGCUUUUUUUAAGUUUUUUUUUUUAAUAAGGAAAGAUAUGUUCAAUAUCUGUCUUACUACACGUUUAGAAUCUGUCAUUUGGAAUGAAUACAAGCAUCUGUUUUGGGACAGGAAACCCCAUUGUUCAGAAAGACCCAUUUGGUAGAGUAAACAAAAGGCUUAAGACAUAACACCCUCAUCUCUAAAGAUGAUCUAUAUCUCAACGUGCUUAUUAUUCCAAUGUUAAAAUAACUUUUUCUUCGGUUAGCCCAGUUCUGACCAACAAUAACAGAUUUCUUAUCAAAAGCGAGUGCGAAUUAAUCAAGACCCUUUGACAGUCAAAAUAAAACAGAAGCCCUCCUCCAACAGCCUAUCAAAUUUAAAUAACAAUUUCCCAGUUUUGGAACAGGUGAUAUAAAAGGUGUACAUUAAAUACUGAUGAUAUUCUAAACGUCAAUUCAAGUUUCGAAUGUAAUAGCAAGUUACUCGCAUGAAGACAAAUUUCUGACACUCUCUGCAAUUUGACGUAGAGAACUUGAUGUAUUUUCUUUGCCUAGCGUAAACUGAUUCAGUCUAAAUGUCAGAGUAAACAAAGGUGCCUUAUUACCACUACCCUGUCAAUCAAUCUACAAUCUUAUGUUUUUUCAGACUUCUGUUAUCGUUUAAAAUCUUUCUUUUCAAUCGAGCACAUCAUGAGCAGAAUUUAUGCUUUGAAAACAAGGUACAAAGGGUAGAAAUAAUAGGCGACAAGACAAUCAAAUACAGGGUUUGAAAGAUCAUAUCAGAAACAAGUGGAACCAGCCAUUAAUUCAACAUAUGGCCUUGUGAAAGACCUUCUGUUGAUUGUUUUGGAUGCUAUUCACGAAUUUAUUGCCAAGAAAAAUAUAUAUCCAUUUAAAAUCUGCCCACUUAUUUAACGAAAGCAACUUUACGUCAAACUCAUAAUUUUCUGGGUGAUGUUGUGUAAGUGUAAAUGAUAAAUUAUUAAUAUUCAUGGUGAUAAGCACUUUAUAUGUCUUUGGAGCAAGCAAUGAGUUCAGGUUAACGAAAACUCUAUGACGUAAGACCAUCAACACUUUUUCCUCUCUCUAAAUUCAAUGGCAUCGAAUACCUCAGAAGUCCACAACCACAGUUAUUCCACCGGUCAAGAUAUCGCCUUUGCAGUGAUGUAUUCGUUUAUUGUCAUCAUCGGUGUACCCGCUAACAGUAUUGUCAUCACUAUCGUCCGAAAAACACCUUCAAUGCACACAACAACCAACUAUCUCCUUAUGAACUUGGCUGUGGCGGAUCUAAUCACUUUAAUGAUUUGUCCGGGAAUGUACGACUUCGCUCUAAAAAAAGUGCGGCUCGACAAAACUUUGGGAGAUUUCAUCUGCAAAUUUUUCGCGGGUAAUGCAGUUGUUCCAAUCACAAUUAACGCGGCCGCCUUGACCGUUAGCGCCAUUGCCGUGGAAAGGUACCUCGCGCUGGUCAAGCCGUUUUACACCAGGCUAAGAUUAACCAAGAAACGGGUUCCUCGUGUUGUCGCUUUCAUAUGGACAUUUGCUGUGUUAUCCUGUAUUCCUGACUUGGUAACGAACACGACAGAGCCUAACCAUCAUUCAACUUAUCCGUGUAAACGUCCUUGGAGUUUAGACGAAUAUUUCCGUCACAAAGGUUUCCUUAUCUUCACUGGCGUUUUCUUUGGGCUCAUUCCAAGUUGCAUCAUUUUCUUCUGUUAUUUUGGCAUUUUUCGGGGAUUGUUUAUCACUGAGACAAUUUGCACGGCCCCAAAAGGACCAGAACGUUCAAGCAACGCGGCAUUGGAAGACCAGCGCUCAAAGAAACAGCUUUUUAAGCUUUUGUUGUGGCUUAUGAUACUGUUUUGCACUUGUACUUUGCCGUUUUCAAUAUUUUUCAUUUGCUUAACUACUUUAAAAACAAACACUGUUGUUAAUAAUCGCCAAUAUCUGUUUGUUGUUCAUAGAAUGGUUAGGUUUCUUCUCACUGCCAACUCGUUUUUUAAUCCACUCGUGUAUGCAUUUCAAAGUGCUAAUUAUCGAGAAGGAUUCAAAAGAAUCUUUUAUUGCAAGAGGUUGACAGAAGAGAACAAAUAAACGAUCAUGGACAGCCAAUUUGUAAUCAUAGAAACAAAACAUAACUCUUAAAAAAAAAGGUUGAUUCGUAUCGCAUACGUUUCGUACAUGCAGUUGUAGUUAAAAGUGUCGAGAAACUUCGCAAAUAUUUGUGAAGCUUAUUUAGAUAGCGGAACGAAAAUCCUGCUGUUUAGCUCAAAUCGUUUGUGAUAAAGGUUAGAUGCAAAGUACUGUAAGUUGUGCUGGAAAAUUAUACUUCGCAAUGAAAAGUUUAUAAUCUUGUGUCAAUUAAGAUCGAUGGAGCUUUUGAUAACACAAAAGGCUUAGAGAAUCUAGUGUCACACUAAAGCAAACGGUGACUGCAUUUUUUUUCCGCCUUCAACCAGCCCCUCAAAAAAAUUCUUUGACGCCACUUUAUUCUAUUUCUCACUUCAUAAACCUUUUCCUUCUCUUUGAAAAAAAAAAUACGUGUUCAAAGAAUACGUGGACGCAAGCAAUCCCAUUUUAAAAGAAGUCUCAGUUUAUCGCAAGUAACAAAUACCUGGUUUUCUAGUUACUCCAUUAAACCGGCGCAACAGUUUUAUUUUGAUUGGAUAAUAUUUCUGGAAAACAGCCUUUCUAACGGGGGUGCGAGCAAGGGACAAAAGAUUCCAUAACAUUUAUUCUUGUGUGUGGAUGUAGUAUGCCUUCCAAACACGACGGUUAGCCUGAAUACAGCCAUUCACCGCUACUUUCGUGUCCACAGUUUUGAUCACUUGACAUGAAGUAAAAACACAUGAGAUUGCCAGGCAACAGGACAUUAGGACCCGGCCGAAUAGCCGGCCUGUUUCUUGUCAGGAAAUUGCGGGUGGGGCCACAGUAUUUCGUCUAAGAAAGAUGAGACUUAAUGAUCUGAAGAAAGAAACAAGUACAGAAUACAGUCAAA